AUGCUGGUUCUCCGGGUUACAAGGGAGGAGACCAUGGCUCUGGAAUCCUCCGAGCAUCAACAUGGCGGGACCGCUGAUUCGGCCCCAGAAAGGAAUGAAGACCUUGGCGCCAGCAACAUGGGUGCCGAUACUGGAACUCCAGUGUCGGUUGAGCAGCCAACGGCUCGAUCGACACCUCCAGAACAACCUCCUCCGACACCGGUGAAGUCGGCAACGCCAUCGCCGCACCCGACACCAACUAAGUCGGCGACUCCACCGCCAAAGUCACCGCAGCCGACAUCGUUCGAGAUUCCCAAGACUCCUCCGCCAUCAACUUCCUCCGCCCAAAACAUGCCUCGUCCGGCACCAGAGCAGCAGCCAAAGCCAAUACCGGGAGUAGAUGAUCGCAAGAAGACAACACAUCACGCAAGGGGAGGUCCCCAGGUAAUCAUUGAUGCUGACUUGGCGCAAGCAUUGAAGCUGCAGGCCCCAGCCGCGCCCCCGAGUAAAGAGUUGGCGCUGCACACCAGCAAAGCCGCUAUUGCCCUCGCCCCCAAGCUGGCCCCACGACUAGGCCAAAUCUCAACGCGCAUGAAAAGCGGUGAAAGCUUGGGGUCCCUUGGAGGUUUGGCACAAGAUUGGAAUGAGGCCGACAUGGGCGAGGUCACCUCCGGGUUAACCCGUGACAGAGAACUCAUCAUUGACCCCUCUGGGCCAUCUUCGCAAAGUGACAAAAUGCUGCGGCUGAAGAAGUCCAUGCGAGAAUUUGACAAUGCUUGGUAUGACGCCGACAAAGCUUAUACGCAAGCCACCACUAUCCGGGCUAAACUCUACCAAGACCUCCUUUGGGAGCACAAGCAGAUUAGCAAUGCGCACAAAGCUCUGCAACUCUCAUACGAGAAAGCUCAAGCUGAAGCCAAGGAUCCGCCCCAACUGAAGGAGCUGCUGGGCCGACUAACCGCCAUUCAGGAUGAGAAGGCCGGAAUGUCCAAGAUGCUGGACUAG